CGAAAGUUGGAAAGAUCAUAGAAGUAGAGACUUCUAUGGAAAGAUGCAGGCUCAAGGUGGCUUGCCGCAGCCCGGGGAAAUAGUAUUUCUCCAAGAGUUGUGUCGUAGUGACACGGAUAAAAAAUCCGUGAGAGUGAUAGGCAGGCUAACAAACCAUGACUUUCGUGCCUGCAGUGCAGUUAUAACAGAUGUGACACAGACAUAUACAGUGAAAGUCGACACCACUCUUAUCGAACCAUUUAACUACAUGAGAGACUCCUUGGUCCAGCUUAUUGGAGAGAUGGAGAGGCUGGACAGAAGUGGUGACAGGAUUCUGAGGGCCAGAGUGGUCAGCAUAGUGGACGGGAUGGACAUGAAUUUGUACCAGAGGGUAGUUCAGGCUCAGAGACAGUAUUUCAACAAGAGACAAACUAUUCUACACAUUUAAAUGUAAAUCAGUAUUGUGUGUAUUAAGAAUGGACUUGAAUUGGUACCAGAAAGCAGUUCAAGCUCAUAGACUGCAGGAGCAGAUACAGAGCUAUUUUCUGACAGUCUUCCAAAUUAUCUUUGUUGUUUCAUCCUCCAUUUUUGACUGUUUUCUUGCA